CACACAAUGCUAACGGCGAUGAAAUUUCGUUCUGUGUGCUCCUCUCCACCGCGAGAAAAUUUUACUCCUUCACGAGGCCUUGGGGUUAGGGUUUCGUGCGCGAGGAGGAGGAAGAGUGGCGCGCUUGGAGUGGCGGUGUCGGCGGCAACAGCGCUUCUCCGAUUCUUGGAACGCCGGGAUUUUGAUGCAGUGAGCGAUUCUGCCGUGGACGAUGAGUCGAGUUUCCAGUUGGAAGAGGUUUUGGCGCGUCUAAAAUCCGACUACGAUCGAUCCUACUUUCUCACAGGAGACUUCACGCGUAGUAUAUACAAAGAAGAUUGCUUCUUUGCCGAUCCAACUAUACAAUUCCAAGGAAGAGAUUUGUAUAGGCGCAACUUAAUGCUAUUAUCUCCAUUUUAUGAAAGUCCAUCGCUGGUUCUGCUGGAUAUCAAACCAGACCCAGAGGUUUGCGAAAGUGAUCAAAAAGCUAUAGUCGCGUUUUGGAGGCUAAGAACAUACUUGAAGCUUCCAUGGCGGCCACUGGUCACGCUGGAUGGUUCCACCAAAUACAAGCUUGACUCCUCGUGCAGGAUAACCUCGCAUGUUGAGAGCUGGAGUAUCUCUCCACUGCAAGCUUUAUCACAGUUAUUUAGAAGCGGCCUAUGAAGAAGACGGAUGCGUUUGGAAUAUGCUAAUUAUGUGGUACUGGAAACGUAUGAGAACAUAUCUCACUCGGUCA